ACAAGAGGGCGCGCUAAACUUCAAGCUGUUCGUCGUUUGUUGUGUGUUGUGGCCGUGUAUCUCUGCACAAUUUGGAGAUCAUUUGCUUCAACUUUAAAGAUCGCAAUUGUUCACCAUGUUCAGCUUACUGUAUGGAUUGUGGCAGUACAUGUUUAGAAGAGAUGAAUAUUUUGUGCUGAUCCUUGGACUUGACAAUGCUGGAAAAUCGACUUUCCUUGAAACAACACAGAUGCAAUUCAAUAAAAACUACAGAGGCUUGCCACUGGAUAAAGUCACAACUACAGUUGGUCUCAAUAUUGGGAAGAUCGACACUGGUCGGAUACGUUUGAUGUUUUGGGAUCUUGGAGGACAGGAAGAGCUACAAGCAUUAUGGGAUAAGUAUUACGCAGAAUCUCAUGGACUGAUCUAUGUUGUGGAUUCAUCGGAUAAGGAGAGAUUAACGGAGUCAAGACUAGCAUUUGACAUGAUGCUAUCAAGUGAAGCUCUUGAUGGUGUGCCUUUACUUGUUCUUGCCAAUAAACAAGACUUACAGGAUGUGUUGAACAUGUCUGAAAUCAAGGCAGAAUUUAAUCAAAGUUCAAGAAGUAUUGGAAAGAGAGAUUGUCAUAUACAGCCAGUGUCUGCGCUCACAGGCCAAGGAGUAAACGAAGGUAUUGAUUGGCUAGUCGAAUGCGUCCAACGAAACUCUUAUCGGAGACCACCACAUACCAAAGAAAUCAGCUGAGGUCAAAGGGUCAAGAUCUCAAACUUAACCCUUUAAAAGGUGAAAGCUCUCGAAGUACACAUCUAAACUCAGGAAGUCAUCUGGCUGGUCAACAAUAAGUCUUGUACCAUAGCUUCAUAACAUGCUACCACAAUUUAAAAUGUGUUUAUGGGUUUAGAGAACAGAGGCGUCAGACCAGUCAAUUACAAAAUUAUUUAUGAAGAUACACUUCCGGGGUUAUGAUGAUCGAGAUCGUACACCACUGGGAAGGAGGUUGCAGAGCAUAAAGUCAGCUGAGGUCGUAAAUUAGAAGUUUGGUAUCGCGGCUUCAAAGCAUGGCAAUACAAUUGUGUUAAAGAUUUAAAGACCAGAAGCACCAGACGAGUCAAGUGCCAGUGGUCAAUCUUUAGUGACUUGAGAAACACUAUUGAAAUUGUUCUGUAAAUAUGGUUAUAUGGUAAAUCAAUUUGAUCGCAGUUGGCAUUGGUGUUACAUUUUGGGGUAAACUUCUGUAAACACAAUGUCCACAGAUAUACAUUAAACUUACACCGUUUGAAGAUAAUGAUAGUAGAAUACGUACCU